CAUGUCGACCGUAGCUGAACAGCAGGGCAUUCGCCGGCGAUUUCCAAGACAAUAUCCAGGUCUCGAAUCCGACAUACAGCCCGUUCCAGUCAGCAGCAGGUAUACGCCCCCGCUAAAGAAUAUCGAGCUUCUUGAGGUGGCACACAUAUUCAGCCGCCUCGAAUGCCGAAUUCUUCAAGGUUCUGCCCAGGUUCUGCAAAACCGUACUCUAGACGAGGAUCAGAGGGAGCCCGAUGAGCAACAGCGUUUGAUUCGCCUUGAAAAGGCUGGCCGCGACCUACUUGACGUCCAUGCCGGCAAGUAUCAAUUUUCAGUAGGCUAUCUAAAAGAUCGGGAACUUUUGAGGGAAUGGGGUUUUGCCGCUGCUGUGCACCGCGAAUUAUUGAGACAAGAUUCCACAAGCAACGACGAGACAAAUUACCAAAUUGCAACAGCCUCUGCCAAAGGCCUUGAGAAAUUAGCAUCUUCUCUGCCGGCAGCAUUAAAGCUGGCUGCCGAAAAAGGGAGCCUUGACGUGUUGACAAGGAAUGCGAUAGGAGAUAAAUAUUUGUUUCUGGAUGCGAUAAUUAAUCUCCUUCACGAACAUUUGUCGACAAAUCGUCAGUUGCCAACAUGGUAA